AUGGGCGACAAUCUCAUACGGAUUAAUCUGAAUGGCCAUAUGUCAACAGAGGUUGCCAAGCUGCGUGGACUCAAGCAAGGAGAUCCUCUCUCGCCUAUCCUGUACAACCUGGCCUUCGAACCCUUUUUACUGGCAAUCUUGCAUGAUCGUCAAUUUCACGGAUACACGAUGGGUACUGCUACUACCAAGUUAUUGUGUUAUGCGGACGAUGCUUUGGUAUUUGUCCAUGACGCACAGGACCUGUCUCGCUUACAACUUCAUAUGUCUCGCUAUUGUGCUGCUUCCAACGCCAAAUUCAACUAUGACAAGGUGCAAGCCUUUUCGGUGUCUGGUCGGGAUACAUGGGACAUUUGGCAAGUUCCGUUAUCGCAUGCCCACAUCACCCAUCUGCAUUCUGUGGAAGAUGAUGAACCUUUGAUAUAUCUUGGAUUUCCUCUCGUACAAAGCAGGAUCCAGCGGGUCAACUUUAUGGGUGCACUGACAACCAAGAUCAAGACGGCCAUCCAGAUCCACUCUGUCCGAUCCCUGUCAGUUGUUGGAAAGGCCACUGUGCUGAAUUCUCUGCUUCUGUCCAAGUUAUGGUACGUUCUACGUGUUACUCCUCUCACCCAGCCCGAUGUCAAGCAGCUGCGGUCACUGGCAAUUCUUUUCUUGAGAAAGAACAUUUUCCCUGUCAUUCCUUGGAAAACAUGGAUUCUCCCAAAAGACAAAGGUGGACUGGGUGUUGUCGACAUCCAAACUCAAGCUUCGGCUCUGUAUUUUCGUUGGCUACAUCCGUUGCUGGUAUAUGAUCAAUCUGUCAUUGAUGCCCACCCGGUGUCCUACCUUCUCAGUUACCAUCUACGCAACAUGAAUGGAUACCAGUAUCACCAUAUUCCGCUCCUCUUCCCCUUUGCUCGUCGCAAUCAGGGUUUGAAAACACAGCGCACGGGAACUGUCGAUAUGUUAUAUCGUGCAGUCGACUAUCUUCCCAAGUCGUAUGAAGUUGCUCGGAUCAAUACUGCUACUGCCAUGGCUCUCCCACUACAGGCUGCCUUCUAUGUCCCUCCAUCCUCUUCACUGGUGGUUCCUCGUCGAGUCAAAGCGAUGAUGGUUUCUGAUGUGUUUCAAUAUGAUGCUCGGCUCAACUUUGUUCAUUGGAAAGAUACUCGUGACCCUUCCCUCCUCAAUUGGAAACGUGCUCCUUCUACAGUGUUCAAAGGCCUUGCGUCUGCCCAGCUGAAAUUUCAACCCUACUUCCAUCCAGUGUGUAGUCCUGCUCCCCUGGUUGAUUCUGAGGUCUCCUUUGCGCCUCUAGUGCAUCAAUUUUGUCUACACGAUGGCCAACCCCUUGGAAAUGCUCAGGCUUCGGCCAAAACAUUUCGUCUGUCCGUGCUGUCGUCGAUGGAACAACCCUUGGCCUUGCAGAAUGUCUCAGCUUCUCAUUGGAAAUUCUUUUGGUCCCUGUCUCUUACCUACAUUCAACGUAAUGUGAUAUACCGGCUCAUCACAGGCUGUAUCCCUUCUCGAAGCAGGUUACACUACAUGAUGCCUGGAGUCUUCGAGUCUCACAAUUGUCCUGUCUGCUUGUCUCCCAAUGAAACUGCCAGCCACCUGCUCUUUGACUGUCCAUCCAAAGAAAAGGUAUGGCUAGGCGUCAUUUUUGAAUUCCUAUGGCCCACGACGUCCAUCACUGACAUCAAAGAGGCUCUUCUGUCCCUGGACUUUUCGGAUAUCUGGUACUCCCAAGUCAAAGGCAUCUAUCCUUACAGAAUCCUACUUAUCACCCUGUCUCAAAUAUGGCUAGCCCAUAUGCGCUUUGUUUUUGACAACAUCAUCCUUGUCCCUGAGGCGAUUCUGGUGAAUGUCCGCUCCACUGUUCGCCAGACAGUGGAUGAGGAUCAUAUCCAUUCCCUCUUGUAG